AUGGAGCUGCGCCAACGAGGUUAUAGGUCCAACCAGAAUCAACAAAUGGAAAGGUUUCAAGUUCUUGAAAAUCCCACCUGCAGUACUAAAGAUGAGGUUAUCAGAAAUCAAAAAUGUCUUUCAGCUAUACCAACUACUUUAGUUACAUCAGCUGUGUUAUUAAUUUUAAAUGUGUUUGUAUACUACAUGGACAACAAGUUACCUAGUACUGUCGAAACAAAUUCAAUGAAUGAUGGUUUUGUUGCUCAACGUGCUAUGUCUACAUUAAUCAAAUUAGCAAAUUUAGGUGAAAGACCAGUCGGUAGUGAUGAGAAUGAAAAAUUAGCUUUCAAUCUAUUUAAAACUGAAAUCAAGGAUAUUAUGAAUGCAUUAAGUAAUGUGAAUGAAAUUAAAAUGUUUAAUCAAAAAGUAAGUGGUUCAUUUCCUUUAGAUAUGAAUAAUUUGAAGUACAUGUUGAGUUAUGAAAACUUGCAAAAUGUUGUUGUUAAAUUAGAUCCCAAAAAAGGCAUAAAUGAUGCAGUAUUAUUAAAUUGUCAUUUUGAUUCGGUGCCAGGAGGACCUGGUGUUAGUGAUAAUGGAGUUAAUUGUGCUGUAAUGGUCGAAAUAUUGAGAAUUUUAGCAAAAAGUCCAGAUUUAAUUAGACCAAUAAUAUUCUUAUUCAAUGGGGGUGAAGAAAUAAUACUUCAGGCUUCUCACGGUUUCAUAACUCAACACCCUUGGUCUCAAAACGCAAAAUACAUAAUAAAUCUGGACAGUUGUGGGGCUGGUGGCCGAGAAAUAAUGUUUCAGACUACGCAAUUGGAUUCUUACCUAGUGGAUUUGUAUGCCCACACGGUUCCGCAUCCAUACGGACAAGUGAUGGGCGAAGAACUGUUUCAAUCGGGUAUAAUACCAUCGGAUACGGAUUUUAGAAUAUUCAGAGAUUUCGGAAACAUGUCUGGCCUUGAUAUGGCGCAUUACAAAAACGGAUACGUCUAUCAUACAAAGUAUGAUAAUUUAGAUCAAAUCGAUUCAUCGGUGUUACAGAACACUGGGGAAAACCUAUUAGAGCUCACCAAAGUGAUAUCGUCGCACAAUGCGACCAAAACUCAGAAAUCCAAGUACGUGUUCUUCGACAUAUUGGGAGUGUACAUGUUCUCUUAUAAGGAAAUGUCGGGAGCCUUCGCCAACUUUUUAAUAGUUUUAAUGUCUUUUUUCUCGAUUUUCCUAUCUCUUCGAUUCACAACGUUUGGAAUGAACCGUAGACAAUACAGCGUACAUUUACUACAGACAUUAGUAAUCGGCCCGUGUUGUACAUUUUUAUUUUCUAUAUUAUCGUGUUUAUUAGUGGCGUUCCUACUGGAUUUGUCCGGUUGUUCGAUGAGUUGGUAUACCAAUAAAAUAAACUUGACCGUGUAUUACGCUACUGCAUCGUUGGCGAUAUUUUCUGUAACGAUAUUUCAAACGAAAAACGAGUCGAGAACAUACACGGAAUGGACCGUAUCGGUACUAAACGGGAUUCAAUUAUUCUGGACAGCCCUGUUGUUCAUAGGCACCAUGGCGGGACUGCGGUCCAGUUAUUUGUUUAUGAUUUUGGUCAUUUUUCCGUCGGUUACCAGUUGUAUUCUGGGCAUACUCAAUGUCCUGCAACGAACCCCCAAACUGUGGAUAGCCCUAUACACGACAUCCUUACUGGUGCCGAUCACUUUCGUGUUCUAUUUGAAUCAAAUAUUUCUUUCGCUUUUCGUGCCCGUCACCGGUCGUUUCGGUUCGAACAUCAAUCCCGAUUACAUUGUCGGUGGAUUAAUAGCGAUGUGUACGUACGCGACGGUCGGCUAUAUUUCGCCUGUAGUCACGUUGGUGAAAAACCCACGGGCCAUAUUGGCCUCCUUGGGCGCAGUGGUGUUGAUGUCGAUGGCGGUCGUCGUGUUUUCGUCAUUCGGAUUUCCGUACUCGGACGGCACCGUACUGCCCAAGACCGAACGUUUCGACUUGAUGCACACGCGACGGACGUUUUACGGUUUCGACAAAAACGUCCGGCGCAACGAUACCGGAUAUCUGAUUGUGAACUGGGACCGGCACAGUCCUUGGACCGUCGCCGAACACGUGCCGAAAAUGAAAGAAGCCGUAGCCGCCGAUCCGGACUGCGCCCGGGAACUUUUGUGCGGAUCACCGAUCGUGGGCAAACUGGCCAGGUACUCGAGCUGGAUUCCGCUGCGGCACGAACUGUCUCCGGGAUCGCUACAGAGUUCGGGUACUACGAAAACCGACGUGGUUCUGCACGACCUAGGCGACAAUCGCCGGCGGAUCGAGAUUAACGUCACCGGGCCGGAAAGAAUAAACGUGUACAUCAGUCCUUACCCGGGCACGAGGUUGGACGCGUGGAGUUUCUCGGGCGAACCGCAAGUGGCCACGCGAUGGGAGAAAAACGACGUCUAUGUGAUCAGGCAUUCCAGGGCCGGUGAAGCAAGCGUGUGGAACUUUUGGCUGGAAAUGCACAGCGAUUAUGGUUUUGAAAGAAAAACUGUCAACAUAACCGUGGCUUACAAUUGGGUUAUCAAAAACAAAUUGGUACUGAACGACGAAUUCGAAAAGUUUGCGAAUUCGUUCCCUCGGUGGGCACACGUUAAUUACGCAGAAGCUAGUGUUGAGGCUUUUGUUUAUUAA